UUCAAUAAUUUCCGUUGAGGGAAUAUGUAGUGAUUUGACUCGACAUAACACCACAGAGUGCUUUAUAAAACCGAGCAGCUCUGUAUCAAGUUAUUGAACUUUGACACACCUCGCGUCGCACAGUCUGGUAGCUAGAAAAGGUUUCUGUUAACAGUUAACUUCAUAUUUAAUCAAAGUGAAAAACUGUGAGAGCCUCAAUCCUCUGCAGACCUGAAGAUGUCAUCCAGGAAAGUGAUUGAGUUGUUUUUCGAUGUGGUUUCUCCCUACUCCUGGCUUGCCUUUGAGGUCAUGUGCCGCUACAGAAAAGUGUGGAACAUAGAGCUCAGACUGCGACCUACAUUUCUGGGUGGCGUCAUGCAAGGAUCAGGUAACAAGCCCCCUGGUCUGGUUCCAAACAAAUUACUGUACAUGGGCAAGGAUCUGAACCGCUUGUCAGAGUAUUUUAAUGUUCCCCUGAAGCCUCCAGCUGACGUCCCUGAGGCCAUGUUCAAAAAAGGCUCGUUGAAUGCAAUGCGGUUUGUGACAGCUGUACAGGAGAUGGAAAAGAGUGGAGAUGAGCGGGUGGAGCGGGUGUCCAGGGAGCUGUGGAGAAGGAUCUGGUAUGAGGACAGAGACAUCACUGAGCCUGCAUCACUGUCUGAGGCAGCAAUGAAAGCAGGACUGUCUGACAGCGAGAUUAAGAGAGCCCUGGAGCUGUGCAACUCACAGGAGAUCAGAGAGAAGCUGAAAAGUGCAACAGAGGAGGCCCUCGAUUAUGGGGCAUUUGGCUUCCCCCUUGUGGUGUGUCACUUAAAUGGAAAACCAGAGCUGUUCUUCGGAUCUGACAGAUUUGAGCUCUUGGCCCACUGUAUUGGGGAGAAGUGGCUGGGACCUCUGCCUGACAAAUCGACUGCCAAGCUGUGAGAUACAGAAACUGCCUUUGAACACCGUCGGUAUAAUCACAGAUUCUUAUUUUUUAACAAUUCUUUGGGUUUUUCCUAAUUUUUCAAAUUGCAUAUUUCUGUCUAUGCCUUCUGAAACCAGGCAGUGUAUUUCCAAAAUACCUUAUAACAAAUAGUUGUGUAUAUAAUGUAAAAUAACAUUGUACUAAUAUUAAUGUGCAUAUUAAAAAUAACAUUGACUA